GCCUAUGAAAAGAAAACAAGAAGGGACCUACGAGGAGACGAUGGAACAACACAAUGAUGCGAAGACAAAAACGUUAAUGAACCUCCAUUUUGUCUGUAAUGUAACUGUACAUCAUAAGGAAACUCACUCUCUGUUCUUUCCCACGGUGUUAUCAUCUUAGGGUUCCUCUUUUUACUGCAUCGUCUUCCUCUGCAAAACUCAAACAAACCUCCAAGACACACAGGAAUAAGUGAUUGGUGAUUGCUUAAACAUUUAAGCAUCAAAUGGUAGAGAGCAGCAUGGCUGAGAGUGAUAUAACAGUCAUGAAGGAGACGCUUCGUGCCCAGCAGCAACUUCUGCAGAAGCUGUAUGCAGAGUUGGAUAAGGAAAGAGAAGCCUCUGCAACUGCAGCCAGUGAAACCAUGGACAUGAUACUGCGGUUGCAAGGAGAGAAGGCUGCGGUGAAGAUGGAGGCGAGUCACUACAAGAGAAUGGCAGAGGAGAAGAUAGGUCAUGCUGAGGCCACUCUUGAAGUUUUUGAAGAGCUUAUGUAUCAGAAGGAAAUGGAAAUUGCUUCUCUUGAGUUUCAGAUAUUGGCUUAUAGAAACAAACUUCUCACCCUGGGGUAUGAUUUCAAUGCCAGUGAUCUUGAAUUUACUGAAGAACUGUUGAUGAGUAGAAGUGCAUCAAAUGAUCAAGGAGAAAAUGAUCGAGCGAGUAGUAGCACGGUAAGAAGGUUGACUUCAUUGCCCCCUAUUCCGCUUAAGAAUAACUUGAAAUCUGCUCGGAAAAGAGAAAGAUCACCUAGCCCAGUUCCAGUUCUAGUUCCAGAUACGUUUCCUAGAAUAGUGGAGAGUGAUGGCCGAGAAGCCACUUCUCCAAGCAUGGAUUUGCCCACAAAAUCAGAAGACUAUGCAGAGGGAAGUCUUGAUGCAUACUGGAACCAGAUCAUGAGGUUAGAUGAAAAAGUGAAAGUAAUUUCAGAUUGUAAAGAGUCAGAAGGAGAACAAUGCACCACGUUGAGGAGCAGAAGAGGGAGAUCGGGUUCAAUAUUUUCACAGGCAAACAUUAAGUUAAGCACAGACCAAACAGAUACUAGUUGCUCAGGUAAAGAAAAUCAAACACAGGACAGAGAGGCUGUUGUUAUUCCCUCGUGCUCGAGUAAUAUCCAUGAUGUGUUUGAAGUUCCACAAACAGGUGAACCCGGGAAAAGAAGACUUGAGAAAUGGAUUUCAGAUGCAGAUAACAGGUUAACAAAACCAGACCUGGUGUCUGACGAAAUCAUUGGAUCGCAUGUUAAAUAUGAUAUGGACAAGCUAAAGAGCAUGCUCAGUGCAAAUCUUGAGAGCAGAAUACCCAGUCCAAAAGACAUGAAAGCCAUUGUUUGGAAGAAAAAAGAAGGGGUGGAUGUGGAUUGCAAUGCUAUAGCUGAGUUUCAAAAGUUGAAUCAGAGAAUUGAUCAGCUUGAGAGGGAGACAGUCAGUGCAAUGAAAGAGAUUAUGAAUGAAGUGAAAGGGGAAGAGCAUUUGAACUUGUUGAAAGAUAUAUGCAGUCAACUCAAAUCAAUGGAAUCAGAGAUGAGAAGUGAAAAAACCCCAAAACCCCCACCUAAGAGGGAUACUCCUUUGGAUCCUAUUCAAGAGGCAAUGGUGUACUUUUGGCUUUGAUCUAGUAAAUGCAGAAUGGCCAUCUCAGAGAAGCACUUAACUGGAUGCAAAUUAGGUGUAAGUAUGGUUUGUCCAGAGAGAGGAUUGAAUGUAUGUGGUGUAGGCAGGUAGAACAGAUCUUCUACAUUGAAUAUUAGUUAUGAGAAAUGUAAAUAGACUUUCCUAAUUCCAUAUUUUACAAUUGGGACUGGUAUGAUGGUGACUUGACACUGUUGUGUUGUUAAGUAUGGUGUCGUAUGUUUUCCCCCAAACAAUAUACAUGACUUAGUUAAAUAUACAAAUGGUUUGAUA